CACCACGGAAGAAACGCAGGUCUGGGGCCUACCACGCCACCCCAGAACAUGACUUGGCUGCAGUGCUCGGCGGUUUCAUGCUGUCUGGAAUAUCUGGUGAGAGACUCACACCCCAGACAGAGCAUGCCUCCACAAUGGGACGGCGGUCCCAGAAGUCACCAUCUGACACACCAUCAGGGGCACGAGACAUUGGGGCUCAGUUCCAGUGGCUGUCCCAACCUAAAAUGGCGACACCUGGGAGCAUCACGGCCAUGGAGGCUCCCCUGGCCAUUCACAGGCCGAAACACCCACGCG